GUUACGUUCGGUAGGCGUCGUACAUUUUUUCAUCUCUACGAGUUGUAAGAACAUUCACACGGAGCUGCAGCUUGGGAUCCGCAUCAAAGAUCAAAGCGGAGAGCUCACGCACACACUGUCACGCACCCUGUCAGUUACAAUCACACCUCCCUCCUCCUCCAGUGGCCCCACGUAAAGCCUGAGUCUCAGGGACCAAACCAAGCCAAGCGACCAAGAGCUUGCACACACAUACACACACACACACACACACACACACCCACACCCAUCAUGGAUAACGCACCCGUGGUCGAUAAAGCGGAUAUGAUGAUGAAGGCCAGGAUGGCCGAGCAGGCCGAGCGGUAUGAUGACAUGGCCGCGGCAAUGAAGUACGUGACGGAGAAAGGCGAGGAGCUCACCUGCGACGAGCGCAACCUGCUCUCGGUCGCCUACAAGAACGUGGUGGGCGCGAAGAGGUCAGCGUGGCGGAUCGUCCACGCCAUCGAGGCGAAGACCGAGGUUAGCGAGAAGGAGUUGGUCGCGGCAUACCGGUUGAAGAUCGAGGCGGAGCUACGCAAAACCUCCAACAUUGUGCUGGAACUGCUGGACAAAUAUCUCAUCAAACCAACUGCCGACUCUGCCAAUGCAGAAAGCCAGGUGUUCUACCUGAAGAUGAAGGGCGACUACUUCAGAUACCUGGCCGAGGUCGAGUCUGAAGACGCAAAGCAAGAGACGAUAAGCCAGUCCCAGGCAGCCUACCAGAGUGCAUUGGACAUCAGCACUAAGGAAAUGACGUCCACCCAUCCCAUCCGGCUGGGCCUGGCCCUCAACUUCUCCGUCUUCUAUUACGAGAUCCUCAACGCCCCAGACAAGGCCUGCACCCUGGCCAAAAAGGCGUUUGACGAUGCCAUCACGGAGCUGGACAGCCUGGCCGAGGACACCUAUAAGGACAGCACCCUGAUCAUGCAACUCCUCCGGGACAACCUGACGCUAUGGACGGCUGACAACACUGACAACACGGCAGAAGAGGGUGAGCCGGCCGAGGGAGAGAACUAAAGCACCCCCUAGCGGUCUCCGUGGAGAACUACAAGAGAAAAAUCUUUUUACACUUCUUCAUUCCUUAUUGUUCCACUUGACAUGAUAAUGGUCCCAAAUGUCAGUUGUAGACACCGGCCUCUGCAUCUUCAAAUUUAAAAGAUUUAUAUUCUGGAAGACUCUUGGCUCUUUUCGUUUUGGGGGGGGGGG